AUGUACCCAGGGGAGCGCUCCUUGGAGUCACUGCCAGUAGUCUACGCAAGUGAACCUGAGCUCACGGAUGACUCCUCAUUCACACCUGGAUACGGCCAUAUGUGGUAUUCAUUCUUUCACGGUGCCUUUGAUGUCACUCUAACUUCUUCGUACGCUGGGCUCUUCGCUCUGUUUGUGUAUCUUGGCGGGCAUCUUGAGACCCAAAUGACAGUAUCAGAGGUGCAAAUUCUACUCAAAGGCUCCAUCCUGUCACGAGAAAGUAUGUCAGAAGCGGAGGUUUGCCUCGUACCAACAGAUGAGGAAGAUGGAAGCAUCAAUAGCCUGCCAUUUUCCUUCCAGCGCAUCCAUCGCAAAGGAAAAGCGGCGGGUGGCAAACUGGAAUGCGAGUGUGUGAGCCAAGGCAAACGAAGGAAGGUGUUCCCUAAGAUCGCAGCCAUAUCUCGCAAGAUGAGACAGCGAAUCGUCAGAGGGCGAGGCAUGAGAGCAGGACAAAUCGAGGAUACCGCGAUCUGGUCCGCUUUACUUGAUGACGCAAACGACGCGUGGAAUGGGGACCGCUUGUCCUUACUGGUACCACUGGUCCCGCCCCAAUCGAUGCACGCAACCUCCUACUUUCCCCAUGCGGAUCAUGCCCUACGACGGGCACCCGUGCUCCUGAAUAUUUUCUUGAAUCCUACCGCGUCCGGUCUUUAUCAUUCCUGCUGGAGUCAACAACUCUACGAGAGUACGACGAUGCUCAACAAAAAUGCGACACAACCACCUCCUUUAUCGCGCUCAUUCACUUCACUGCUUGUAUCAACAUCCCAGAUGCAUUCCCGUGAGAUAGACCUGACGGACAGCCUCCUCAACCUCGACGCUAUCCUCUGCGCUCCUCCAUUUGACAACCUUCAGAAUGCCGUGACACCCACGUGGACCGCCGCCAGUCCAAGGGAUGAAGUGGGCGAAAUCGUGGCAGCAGAAUUGCGCUCGCGGUUGCCGAUGCUGGACGAGAGGGGUAUACUAGAGGCGAGAAGCACUAGGAGCGAAGAGAUGGUUGAGGUUACAACCGUCCUCCCUGGCGCAGCGUGCACACGAUCCUCGGCGUUGACUGAGAGGCCAGGCGGCGGAUUAGGAUCUCACAGCAUAUACGAGGAACACGGAUACCUCCACGCAACAAAUGGGCAGAGUAGCAGCUUCAUAUGGCAAGACAGCGCAGAUCAGAUCGGUAACGAACCAAAAGGCUACCAGUUAGAGCACGCACAGAUAGGUUGGUGCCAUGUCAAUCAGGUAAAGAGCAAUGGGUGGCAGCGUACGAAGAGCGAGUUGAAGGAAAAGCCUAUAGAUCAAUGUGCGGCGAGCCUACAAAUAAAGAAGGAAGAUAGGUCUUUUGGCUGCACGCACCUCGUCUCGACUGCGGAUCGUCACACUGAAGACCUCCCAUUGAUACUGCGAUAUUUUGCUCUGCAUACCAUGGUGCGGCCGUUCCCGACUGAGAUAUGGUUGGAAAUCUUCCAUGGUCUGGCCAAGGAAGGCGAGUAUGAUACCUUGGAACGAUGCAGGGUGACGUGCAAGGAGUUCGCGCCGAUGGCACGAGAGUGCCUAAAGCGUGGCAUGACAUUCAAGAAUGUAGAGGAUGUGGAGCGCAUCAAGGUGGAUGUUUCCGGUGGUAUAUUGCGACGCUGGGGUGGGCCAGAGACGGUGUGGAUCGAGGGCGGGGAUUGGAACGAUGGGCGCCGACCGAUUCCACAUCUGGCGACGUUUGCGUCGAGGUUCGCAGGGAGAUGGCCCCGCGUUAAGCAGCUGUGUAUCAUCAACGCAGUGUGGCGUGCGCGGGAUCUCGAUCUGGACGCCGUCGUGCGCAAUCUGGCCGCCUUUGCGAUUACCCACCUCAACCUCAGGGACGUCGCCUUGCCGUCGAUCCUGACGCUCGGCCGCCUGCUCUGCGCUCUCCCGCGCCUCGAAAAGCUCACUCUCUGUGAGGUCCAGUUCACCCAGCAUCCCCUUGAUGCAGGCGCCAUCUCUCGAUUCCAUCUUCUGCCGCACACGCAGCUGGAGUCACUCUACCUCGACCAUGGGCACGACGACUUUGAGCUGAGACCCUCCUUUGUUGGAUUCGUCGACCUCAUGGCUGCCGUCAGUAACAGGAGAUACCUAGUCCCUCCCCCCAAUUUCGUGCAGGCGUCCCCAUGGAGCACUGUUAGAAGAUUGGCACUCAAACGUGCCACGUUUGCCUCGGUCACAAGCUUUGCUCACCUCCUGUGCGCUCUCCCUGCACUCGAAGCCCUCGAACUACACACACAAUACGCGUUCGCGAAACACGGCUUUGACCUCAGCAAUAUUCCUGCGCACCCUGGUUUACCAUCACAUCUAGCAUAUGUUGACCUGGCGUACCACUCCCCUUUACGCUUGGACCCUUGUUCUGUGGCUGACCUUGUUGACUUCUUCAUCGCGACUGGUCUCAGCGAAAACCUUCGGCGCAUGACUGCCUGUCUGUCAACGUCGUCCCGGGUUACACCAGCGUGCGAUGCAGCCCUUAUCAGGCUCGUCCAACAUUCACAAUCACUCCGCCAUCUUUCAUUCGAGCUAUCCUGGCCUGUAUUCUCAGACACCGGUGAACGGGUGGAUGUGGAACACAGUGCAGGCCAGUAUCUCGAUGUGUCUAGUAAUACGCUCCUCGAACGGCUUCUUCUCGUAAUCGAUGACAACAACGGAGAUGCGUCACAUCUCAUCAGGCCCGACGGACAGUAUGAAGCAGAUCUGAAAACGUUGCUGAAUAAGCUCCCACAGCUUGAUGCCGUUCUCUCUCGGACCAUCUUCAAGAAUCUCACGAACGUCAUUAUACAAAUCUCGACAGUGCAUGGAGAGAAAGAAAGAGAUGAAGAAUUAGCACACGACCUACGGUUGUUUUUGCCAACGCUUAAUGCACUCGGUAUCCUAAGCACAUCCUUGGGCGAUAAUAUCGCUGACUGGAUUGAUGUCCGAAAAUAUGACGAGCCAGGAGAGCUACCGUACAGGACGCUGUGGUAA